AUGGGUCAAACACAGCCAUUUGAAGAUCUUGAACCCAAUCUGCCCGAGGCUGAAAGUGCUUCAGUCAUUGAGACUCGAUAUCUGGUUAUUCUGGGAACAUUUACUUCUCUUCAGAAGUCCGACUUUCUCACAGAAGGUCUGGAAACGAACCGCGCUGGAAAAGCCAUCCUCAGUACAAUCCAGAAUCCGCCCCUCCUUGCUAUCGCUUGCUUUCUGAUGGUUCUGGGCUCAGUAAUGAUUUCUUGGCUCAGCUAG